GGUGGUGUGGAGGACGCGCAUUUAAUUGUCCGUCGAGAACUCGGAGGGCACUAUAUAAGGGGCACACGAACGUGCAAUCUCUACUCAUCCUCAACACUCUCUGCUUAUUCAGCCGCUGCCGUCCCAUCACCACCACGACCACUAGAACGACGAUGUCCAGCAUGGAGCUUCUCUGCCCCCCGGGAACCAUCGGCUGCGCUACCGACGACGCCGCCGUCGGCUGUGGCAGCUGCUCGGGCCACCGUGCCGGCUCCUGCGGCUCCGCUUACGGCCACGGCGGCUACGGCGGCUACGGCGGCCACGGCGGCUACGGCGGCCACGGCUCAUUCUCGGCCUGCGGGUACCCCGCGAGCAACAAGGGUUGCGGCCACGUGGCCCGCGCGCCACGCGUCUAUGGCGUCACGCAUCACGUGGGGCGCUCUGGCCACGGCGCUCCCACCGCGUACGGCUGGGGCAACUGCGGCCACUCCGGCUGGGGCCACGGGGGUAGCGGCUUGGCCUGGGGCCACGGGGGCAGCGGCUUGGCCUGGGGCCACGGGGGCUGCGGCAAGGGCUCGCGUUUCGGCCACGGGGGCGGUUUCGGGGCCGUGUGCGGUCUGAACGCGGUGAGCGCCGUGCCCUCGCGAAGCUACUACAGCGUCGCGCCGCUGGGCAGGUGCCCGCGAGUGUGCGGCGGCGUGCGCCACUACGGCCACCAGGGUACCGGCGGCGGAUUUCACGGCUACGGCGGCGGCUACGGGGGGCUCGGGUUCUUGGGAUGCGGCAGCUUCGCCGGGUACGGGAGGCAGUGCGGCUACGGGGCCAAAUAUUUCUAAAGUGGCGGCGGCGGCUGAGGCUGCGGCUGUUGCUGCUGCUGCUGCUGCUGCAGCAUUAUCGGUAGCAGCAGCAGCAUCAGCAGCAGCAGCAAUAUUAUUAUUGUCAGCACGGUGAGCAAUAGGCAACAUUUCAGAAGCAUCUCCAAGAUCAGAAUCACAUAGCGGUGUCAGUACUAAGCAACUCCCUUUCCCUGGCGACAGACUUCAGCGCUACAUUACUAUACACUUAUACACCUUAGACUACUAUACAACACUACA